CGAAGUUUUUUUCGUUAAUAAAUUAUACUAUACAUUAGUUUCCAAAACAUUUCAGAAAAAGUUGUAUAAUUGAGUGAAUUUCAGUUGUUUAUGAAACAACCUUCAAAUUUGUAUCAAUAAUUUAUUGUACAAGAUCAUGAUGUUUACGUGAGACACAAAAAAGAAUAAAAGAAACGAUCAACAUACACACAUGUGCCAGAAAAAUGUGGAAUUUCACCUUUGUUUCAAAACAAUUAAAAAAUACAAUUCUAAUGUAGCGUGAGAUUUAUUUCUUCAUAAAUUUAAUAUAUAUAUUAUAUAUACAUGAAUUAUUUAAUAUUCAAUGAACUAAAUUCAAGAUGAAAAAUGAACGGAUACGAAAAAAAUGAGAAAACAAAUUAGAUAUGUAACAAUAGUGUCGAUAAAAUGACUGUAUCUUUUGAAAGAUAUACCAUUGAUUUACCAAAUAACAAAAAAUAUUGUCAUAACAAUGGCAAUCUCGAACAUACCCGUCCACAUGACUACACAUUCAAUUAUAAAAACAAUGUGUCGUCAGCUUCAGCAACUGUUCCACUAUGUCUUCUUGGUGAUGUUCAACUUCGAUUUCUAUGUCCUGAAGACUUGGAGGAAGUACGAGCUUUAUGUGAAGAUUGGUUUCCCAUAGAAUAUCCUUAUUCUUGGUACGAAGACAUCACCAGUUCUUCAAGAUUCUACGCCUUAGCUGCUGUUUUUGGUGGAGUAAUCAUUGGAUUAAUAGUUGCUGAAAUUAAGCCAUUUGCCACGUUGAACAAAGAGGACCAAGGAAUACUUUGUUCUAGCCUCGGAAAAGAUUCAUUAGUUGGAUAUAUCUUAAGUUUGGGAGUACGUAGAACUUAUAGACGAAAUGGAAUAGCAUCUCUUUUAUUGGAGCAAUUAUUAGCUCAUGUAACAGCACCUGAACGUUCAUCUGUGAAAGCUGUUUUUCUUCAUGUACUCUCUAGUAAUGCUCCCGCCAUAUCAUUUUACCAAAGAUGUCAUUUUAGACUUCACAGUUUUCUUCCUUAUUAUUAUUCUAUUGAGGGUAAAUGUCGAGAUGGUUUUACAUACGUUUUGUAUGUAAAUGGUGGUUAUGCACCUCGUGGUUUUAGGGAUUGGAUUCGUCAUUUAGUCAAUGCUAUGGCCAGUUUGGGUCCGUGUAGGGUACCACAAUGGAUCUGGCAACGACUACUAUGGGCAGCCACAGUACUCUCUUAUCACAGAUAAUAUAAAGAAAAAAUGUCGUUUUAUGAAAUAAAUACUCGACAUUUAGUGUAUAUGCAUAGCAUAUGUAUAUAUAAUUGACAAUAAAUUUGUGAUUAUUGUCAAUUAUAUUUGUCAAACAAGAUGUACGCAUUGUUUACAAAUGGUUUUAAUUAUUGUAUUAAACAGGAUGUUAUGUACAUUCGUUAUCAUACUUAUAUAUUUCACAGUAUAAUUUGAUAAAAAUAAUAAUUAUAAUGAUAGAAAUAAAGUAUUAAA